ACGGUUCUGCUUUGUAAAAGGCUAGAAAAACAGCUUCUUUUCUUUUUAAUUACAACACGCCGCACGCUUGCUUUGAAUGUGUAAUGCACUAAGCAUACACAACACAACUGUUACUGCAUACAUUGCAUACAUUGUUCCAAGGAACGACCUGUGUCGGGGUCAAACGCGCAGCGGAAGGCAAGCAUUCACAAAGGACAACUUCAAGGAGGACGGAUGCAGCGGCCGGCCCCUCAGUUGUAUAAACGAGCAUGCUAUGGGCAGUGCAGGUGUUGUGAAAGAUGCAUGAACGUUUAACAAUGAUACAGUUUGAAAGUGCGCCAGACACCCGCCGGCGCCAGUGCACAUCGGGUGGGGGCGUGGCUAGUCUGUGUGGCCGCACGACAAAACAGUAAACACCCAUGACAUGUCGGAUGGUGAAAUAAACAAAACCAGCAGCAACACACAGUGUAGGGGAGACGCUCACAUGAAUGCAAACAGCAGCAAAGACAAAAGACACAACAAGCCUUAUAAGAAUUGACAUCCUCGUAGUAGCAUCCCCAUUUAUUCAUCACCGUCAUCGCAGGUUAUUUGGGACAUUAAUUGUAAUCAUCAUGUUCAUGUUCACUUUAAUUAGUUUCGAUGUUUGUAGCGGUUUCAUUAAGGCAUACUUUAAGUUAGACCUAUACACUCGUAUUCACCUAUUGUAUUUGUAUUUGACGAUGUGUGUGUGUGAUGAGAUUUGUUGCAGGUGACUAUUGCGCCAAAUCAUGUUCAAAUAAUGCAUUAACUCUGUCUGACCCUUUGACACGUUAGCACAACAGGUGCACUAUCUUCAACAAUGACAUAUAUUAUCGGAUUACUUCUCAUCUGGGUACUAAUAAGGCGGCCAAGCUAUAAUUACAGGUUUCUGAGAUGAAAGAAACCUGGUAACUGCACAAGUCUUUUUUAUCUGUCUAUCCAGACACCUGUCAUCGAUAAGUUUGCAGACGACUCAAUCAAAACGUUGUUGCACUUUAAAAGCAACUCACGUCUACAAAUACGAGACCCUCCAAACUCGCGCACAAACUCUGCGAAGGAAUUCUCUCCAAAAGAUGACAGCGAGGCAAAGACACGUCUUGGCGCAGAGCUCGCUCUGCUCCUCCGGGGACUGCUUCGACAUGUGGCACGACUACAUGGACCUGGGCAGACUGCUGGAGAGGCUGUGCCACGAUCGAACGGGGGCCCCCGGGGACCUCGAAAGAAGCGCAGCGAAAGAAGCAAAAGAAGCACCGGCGGGACCUCGGAGCCACAUCCAAAGCUCUCCGCGCGAGAGCUGCGUAAUCUCCCUAGAGAGCAGUUCGGCGGGCAGCGUGUGCGGCCUCUCGGACAGCGGCAGCAGCGGCAGCAGCGGCGGGACGUCCUCGGGCUACUGUCGCUUCUGCAAGCAGAACGGGGAGUCCGCGAGGGUGUACCGGUCGCACAGCCUGAAAUCCGACGAGGGGAAGGUCAUCUGCCCCAUCCUCCGGAACUACACCUGCCCCACCUGCGGAGCCACCGGGGACCGCGCGCACACGCGCCGGUACUGUCCGCGGGCGCGUCGGGGCGAGGCCGCGACGAUGCUGCCCGGGUCCAGGUUCUAG